AUGGCAGCCCUCAUCAGCGCGUACUCGUCGUGGCCGGAGUCCUUCGAGUGUCCUCCAGGAGACGGGGACGUGCCCGACGGACAUGGCCCGCACAGGACCCCCGUGGACAAGGCGCCGGAGCCGCGGAUCAGACGGCCCAUGAACGCGUUCAUGGUCUGGGCCAAAGAUGAGCGCAAGAGGCUGGCGGUUCAAAAUCCGGACCUGCACAACGCCGAGCUCAGCAAAAUGUUGGGCAAGUCUUGGAAGGCCCUGACUCCCCCGCAGAAGAGGCCCUAUGUGGAGGAAGCAGAGAGGCUCCGGGUGCAGCACAUGCAGGACUACCCCAACUACAAGUAUCGGCCUCGCCGGAAGAAACAGCUGAAACGCAUCUGCAAGCGAGUGGACCCUGGCUUCCUCCUGAGCGGGCUGGCUCCUGAUCAGAACGCCCUGCCCGACCAGCGAGCCCUCUGUCACCCCCUCGACAAAGAUGAGGGCAGCCCUAAUGGUGUCAGCAACGGGUUCUCCAGCCCCAGCCCGGCCCUGCCCAGUGUCAGAAGCUUCAGGGACCCCACGGGUUCCAGCAGCAGCUUCGACACCUACCCCUACGGCCUGCCCACUCCUCCCGAGAUGUCCCCCUUGGAUGCCAUGGACCACGAGCAUGUACCCCCCUCAUAUUACUCGACGUCUGGCAGCUCCUCUGUCUCCUGCUCUUCCUCCGCCUCCUGUCCAGAUGAGCACCAUCAGAAUCAGACACACAUGGGCAGCCCGCCCCCUUACCACACUGACUACACCCAGACCCAAAUCCACUGUGGGGGCACACACAUAGGUCACAUUCCUCACAUGUCCCAAACUGGAGGUGGUAGUGGACUGAUCCCUGGCACUCCGCUAUCUUACUACAGUACCUCAUCUUUCCCCCAGAUUCACCACGGGCUCCACCAGGGCCAUCUGGGUCAGCUGUCCCCACCACCAGAGACACAAGGCCACCUGGAGACUCUAGACCAGCUGAGCCAGGCCGAGCUCCUGGGAGAGGUGGACCGCAAUGAGUUUGACCAGUACCUGAACUCCAAUGGGACCGGGUUCCACACUGAGCAGGGCAGCAGCAUGACUGUUACAGGACACAUCCAGGUGGCAUCAGCCGCCACUGCUUCUGCCACUGCGUGUCCCAGUAGCACCACAGAAACCAGCCUCAUUUCCGUGCUGGCAGACGCAACAGCGGCCUACUACAACAACUAUGGCAUCUCGUAAACUUCGUUACAGCACCCAUUCUACUUGCAACUGAUCAGACUCUACAGGGUUUGAAAUGGGUGAAGAAAUUUGGGAUGAUGUUGCACUUGGGUGCCGAUAAGGGGAAGAUUUCUGUGUUCCUUUGUCUAAUUUCAAACACGUGUUAACUCUGUGCAACGUCAUCCCACCAUGAUUGAAACCUGAACUGAACUGAUUACUGAGCAAUAUGAUUGUCUGGAGCCGAGGAAAGAACAAAGAGCAGUUGGAGGAAUAUGAAGAAAGGGAGAUGGACACCUCAGGGAUGCAGACACAAAAUAUUAUAGUAGGCCAACUCCAGUUGUCGUGAAAUUUCUAAACCAGAAGAACAAUCAUAAAAGACUUGUUGUCCACUUGUAAAUGUCACCAGUUACUGUUGCCACAUAAGCGUGUACAGAUGCUCUUUAGAAGCUAAUUUAAGUCCUUCGAUGUUUCGCAUAAAUGCUAACUGUAGUGCUAUUAUCAACGCUUUCCAUUCGAAUGUUCGUAUUAUAUGUUCUUGCUCUCAUUAGUUUGGGAGUCUUACCUCAGUAGUUGUAAUUGAAUGAGGUUUUAGUUGGACAUUUCUUAUGCAAUUUAACAAAACAAUGUAUAAUGAAGAAAAAAAGCCGUUUAUACUUCUUCUCAAGUACUUAAUAAUAUAUAAUCAUAACCUCUACGAUGAAAAAUAAUAAUGGUAAAUAUAACUGUAUGCUGAUUUAGGUUUGUGAAAGACAAUAAUUUAAAAUAAAGGUCAAUUUUUAUAUUAAUGCAGUUCUACUUGGAUAAUGUGCCCACAGACAACAUACCAUAAUAAAACCUUUUGUUAUUUCACUAUAACAUCUGAACAGGAGAUAUUGGCAAUAACUGAUAUACUUAAAAGACAGUGUGCGGUAGCAGAUGAAACACAUUUCUAUUGAUUCACAUAAUUUAUACAAUCAGAUUCCUAAAUAAAAACAAUAAAAGGAAGUAGGACUCCUGCUUACUAGUUUUUGACAAAUGGUGUGUGCUACUUGUCCAUCUUUGAAUUCAGUGUCACACCAUGUAUUCUUCUAUUUCAGGCUCUGUCUAGCUGUUCUACUGCUAGUGGCCCAUUAUGACACCCACUCCCCCUGCUCGCUUUUCCACCCUCCAUCACAUCAUCCCUCUCCAUCCGUCUCCUCUCGCUUUCAUUUCAUCCCGGUUCAGAGGAUUAGUGUAAAACAGGCACAGCCGUCGCCACCCGCCUCCAUCUCAACCAUCCUUUGUUUUCCUAGAGUCUUAUUGUGGGUGCCAUUCUUAGGCACUCUGGACCCCCCCUU